CAACAGGAACCGUUGGCACUUUCUUCCGGCGAACGAAACAACAACAUCGCUGAAGAGAUUGCAGAGAUCGGAGAAGACGAGCUCAAAAAGCUCGAAUAUUUGUCUUUGGUGUCUAAAGUUUGUACCGAGCUUGACAGCCACUUAGGAAUCAACGAUAAGGACCUUGUUGAGUUGGUAAUCAGUCUUGCAGAGAAACAUCCAACCAUCAAUAGAUUUAAGUAAGUGCUAGGUCUUUAUUGUAUAGCAUCUAAUUCUGUGGCUAAACCAAACAAUGAAAAAGUCCAGCUGAAAGGAAUUGCAGGAGCUGCUGGUACUCUCGCAGCAGGUCCAGGAGUCCUGCACGGGGAGACAGAGACAAAGGCUCCGACCGCUGGAAGGACAAACAUGUCGACCGGCCCCUAACGGAGGAGCCAUCUGUGGGGGAUAUCUACAAUGGCAAAGUCACCAGUGUUAUGCAGUUUGGCUGCUUUGUACAGGUGGAAGGUCUCAGGCUUGGUCCAUAUUUCUGAGCUCAGGAGAGAAGGUCGGGUAGCAGAUGUGGUCAGCAAAGGUCAAAGUGUCAAAGUCAAGGUGUUGUCCUUCACUGGAUCCAAAACAAGUCUCAGUAUGAAGGACGUUGACCAGGACACUGGGGAAGAACCCUGAUGGAUCUCUCUUCCAAGCAGCGAUGAUGCAUAGUGCCCUGGCCAAAGAGCGACGGGAGGUGAAACAGGACCAACGGGAAGCUGGAAUGGACUCAUUACCCAUGGGCUUUAACAAGCACUGGGUGGACCCACUGCCUGACAUUUUCUCACCCUCGUCAUCCAUACAGCAGACAGGAGGCAGAUAGCUGCCAACAUGAGCGGCAUAGGUAUGAUGCCCAACGACAUCCCAGAAUGGAAGAAACACGCCUUUGGUGGCAACAAGGCGUCCUAUGGAAAAAAGGCUCAACUUUUUAUACUAGAGCAAAGAGAGAAUCUACCUACUUCCUAUCUACAAGCUGAAAGAGCAGCUCAUUCAGGCUGUCCAUGACAACCAGAGCCCAUGCUUUGUAAGAUGUUGAUCAUGUCCGUCCAUCUUGGCUGUAGUGAAGAGAUGCUGACCAUAGUGUCAUUGCUCUCAGUACAGAAUGUCUUCUACAGACCAAAGGACAAACCAGCUCUGGCUGACCAGAAGAAGGCUAAGUUUCACCAGCCUGAGGGGGACCACCUGACUUUGUUGGCUGUCUACAACUCCUGGAAGAACAACAAGUUUUCCAACCCCUGGUGCUAUAAAAACUUCAUCCAGGCGCAAUCUCUCCGGCGUGCGCAGGAUAUCCGCAAACAGAUGCUGGGCAUCAUGGAUAGACACAAGCUGGAUGUGGUAUCAUGUGGUAAAGCCACAGUACGGGUACAGAAGGCCAUCUGCAGUGGUUUCUUCCAAAAUGCAGCCAAAAAGGACCCUCAAGAAGGUUAUAGGACCCUCAUAGACCAGCAGGUAGUCUACAUCCACCCCUCCAGCACGUUGUUCAAUCGCGAACCAGAAUGGGUGGUGUAUCAUGAGCUUGUGCUGACCACUAAAGAGUACAUGAGGGAGGUAACCACCAUUGACCCAAGGUGGCUUGUAGAAUUUUCUCCAGCUUUCUUCAGGCUCUGAUCCCACAGACCUCAGCAAGCAGAAGAAACCGCUGCGGUUGGAGCCCCUCUACAACCGCUACGACGCUAGAACCUUCACACAAGGUCCUCACCGACUGCGAGUGUCCCAUGCUGCUGUUGAACAAAACAUCAAGUUUGUGGUG